AUGGACGCUCGACAGGACUCGGAUAACUUCCCAUGGGAUCGUAGUGAUGAGUGUUGGGAGGAGGCGAUCAAGCAGGUGCGACUGUCGUCUACCUGUCGUAGAAUCGAGUCGUUCGCCCAAAGGCUGUUAGGCGAUACUGCGACCUUGGCCCUUCCCCUGCUUAUUGGUGGCUUCAACGUUCUGUACCCAAUUCGAUACAAAGGAUCCUAUGAUUCUGAUUCAUCUCCCAUGGCCAACUAUCUCGUUCGCCUGCCAUGCCCAAACCAUACAGCUUUCCGAGAAGAGAAGACGCUUGCGGAAGCCGCCACGACAGUCUUCGUCUCCCAACGCACUCAGCUUCCGGUUCCGACGCUGCAUAGUUCCGGUGUGGAUCUUGCAAUUGGGCCCUUCAUUAUCCUUCAAGAUCUUGGAACUCUACGAGGCAUGGGCGAAGCUCUAGAAGCUCUCCGCGAGGAUCCUAGCGACACGCCAAUCUUGAAUCCCAACAUUUUCGAGAGCAAAUUCAAGAGUCUUUACCGUCACAUAGCUGCAUGCUUGCUACAGCUUGCACAGCCUACCUUCCCAUGUAUUGGAGCUCUUGUUGAGACAGAGUCUGGAUCGUUUUCAGUACCAGGGCGACCAAUUACGCUGAAUGUCAAGUAUGAGGAUGACUGCAAGACCAAAUAUGUUGCCCAUCAACUCUUCCGCAGACUCGCUAAGCAAGGCCGGCUGUCAAAGUUUGAAUUUGCGGACGAUACCUGCUCCGCCUCAUCCGAGCAAACCCGUACAAAUCUGCCAGCACCAGAUAUUUCGGCUUCUUUCCAUCUUUGGUCCGAUGAUUUCAGGCCGAACAAUAUUCUUAUCAGUGAAAAUGACGAGAUCCUGGGCGCCAUCGAUUGGGAGUUCACUUAUGCCGCACCAACCCAAUUCAGCUUGGAUCCACCAUGGUGGCUACUACUUGACGUGCCCGAAAUGUGGGAUGCAGGUAUUGAUGAUUGGGCCACUCUCUACGAGAGACGACUGCAAACCUGGCUCUCAGCAUUGGUGGAAGCGGAGCAAGACAUGGCCCGGGCUCGCCGGUUCUGGCUGAACUAUGCUGCGAGAAAGAGCUGGGCGUUUGAUAAGAUAUACUGGAAGUAUCUCGACGAGCGGUUCUUCGGCGAGCGGGAGAAGGACACGCCUACUGCCAGCGAGUUGUGGAAGACGAGGAUACACCUUCUGACUCCCGAGGAGCGGUCGGCGAUGGAGCGGAUGGUGCAGAGGAAAACGGAGGAGGCGAAGUUUCGAGUUUUGGUUAAGUGGGAGGAUGUAGAGGCAAGAGAACUCCUGUCUUCCUUUCUGUUUGACUAG